AAUGUUAAAUCCUGUAUCCUUAACCAGUGAAAAAGGCAAUAAUUCUGACGAGAAAUGUAGUUCUAUUAGCGACAGUGAAAAGGGAGAAUUUGAAAAGGAAGAGCAUACAAUGGCUAGGAGUUGGAGUGAAAUGAUGAGGAUAUGGCCCUACCAUACAUUUCUUAUUGUAAUUAUGGAAUUCUCAAUGAUGUUGACAGCUUUAAACAAUGUAUUCAAUCUGUAUUAUAUUAAUGUGUUGGGCUUUCAUCCCGACACGACCGUCGUAAUUCUCAAUUUUACCGGAAUUUUGUCUGGGUGUUGUAGACUGAUUGGUUCAGCAAUUUCUGAUGGUUAUUUGGGGAAAUUUAGAGCAAUAUUUUUUGGUGCCAGUAUUUUUGUUAUUGGAAAGAUUGCUUUGACAAGUAAAAUAAUUUUCAAAAAAAUUCUAAUUCUCUAUUAAGCCUCCUCAUUUUUCCCGCCCG